AUGCUAAGGAAUAAUUUAGACAAUAGUACAGACUCUAAACAAGAAGAUGGCUCGGUCUUUUCACAGACUGAACACAAUAUUGUUGCAGCUUACUUGAUCACAGCAGGUAUAAUAAGUAUUUUCAGCAACCUCAUAGUUCUGGGCAUCUUCAUUAAGUACAAGGAACUUCGGACACCCACAAAUGCAAUUAUCAUUAACCUGGCUGUUACUGAUAUAGGGGUCAGUAGCAUUGGAUAUCCCAUGUCAGCAGCUUCAGAUCUGUAUGGAAGUUGGAAAUUUGGAUAUGCAGGAUGCCAGAUUUAUGCCGGGCUGAAUAUCUUUUUCGGAAUGGCAAGUAUUGGAUUACUCACUGUUGUGGCCAUAGAUCGAUACCUGACCAUCUGUAGUCCGGACACAGGAAGAAGAAUGACCACCAACACUUAUAUCGGCAUGAUUCUAGGGGCCUGGCUCAAUGGUCUCUUUUGGGCUUUGAUGCCUAUCAUAGGGUGGGCUAGCUAUGCCCCAGAUCCUACUGGGGCUACUUGUACCAUAAACUGGCGGAAGAAUGAUGCAUCUUUUGUUUCUUUCACGAUGACAGUUAUUGCAGUAAAUUUUAUUGUGCCCUUGAUGGUGAUGUUUUACUGCUAUUACCAUGUCACUCGAUCCAUUAAAUGUCGUACGACUAGUAACUGCACUGAGUACCUCAACAGAGAUUGGUCAGAUCAGGUAGAUGUAACAAAGAUGUCUGUGAUAAUGAUACUCAUGUUUCUGGUGGCAUGGUCCCCUUAUUCCAUCGUGUGCUUAUGGGCUUCUUUUGGUGACCCAAAGAAGAUUCCUCCCUCAAUGGCCAUCAUAGCUCCACUGUUUGCAAAAUCUUCUACAUUCUACAAUCCCUGUAUUUACGUGGUUGCUAACAAAAAAUUUCGGAAGGCAAUGUUCGCCAUGUUCAAAUGUCAGACUCACCAAGCAACGCCCAUGAUGAGUAUUUUACCAAUGGAUGUAUCUCAAAAUCCACUGGCUUCUGGAAGAAACUGAGAGAACGGUGAAGAAGUCAUACUCGGAGGAGGUAACCCGGAGGACUUGAGGCCGGAUGACC